AUGAAGCUCCUUCUUCAUCUCUCUAUCUUCUUCACCAUACUCUUCAUCUCUCUCCCAUCUUCUCACAGCUCCUCCUCAAAUGACAAGAAUGCCCUCCUUGAAAUCAAGAAAGCCUUGAACAAUCCUCCACUCCUUUCCUCCUGGAACCCCCAAACCGACUUCUGCACCAGCUGGACCGGAGUCGAGUGCACCAACGGCCGUGUCACCGCCCUCACCAUCUCCUCCGGCGAAAUAUCCGGCCAGAUCCCUGUCCAGAUCGGUGACCUUGAUGGCCUCCGUACGCUUGAUUUCAGUUACCUGACUCAUCUCACUGGAAACAUUCCACACACCAUCACCAAACUCAAGAACCUUGACCUUCUCCGGUUAAAGCAAACCAAUCUCUCCGGUUCAAUUCCUGAUUACAUCAGCGAACUCAAGAGCGUUACGUUUUUAGACCUUUCGUUUAACCAGUUUACCGGUCCAAUUCCCGGUUCGAUUUCUCAGAUGCCGAAGCUAGAAGCCCUUCAGAUCAAUGACAAUAAGUUAACCGGUUCUAUACCGAACUCUUUCGGUUCUUUUGUUGGCAACGUUCCUAAUCUCUACUUGUUUAACAACAAGCUCUCAGGAAAAGUUCCAGAAUCAUUGUCAAAGUACGACUUUAACGCAGUGGAUCUGUCGGGAAACGGUUUCACAGGAGAUGGUUCGAUGUUUUUCGGACGGAACAAAACAACAAUACGAGUGAACCUAUCGAGAAACAUGUUUGAGUUUGAUCUCUCCAAGGUUAAGUUCGCUAGGAGCAUAGUGUCGUUGGAUCUAAGCCAUAACAAAAUCUUUGGGAAGUUUCCUAGGGAGCUGAGUAAGCUACGUCUCGAGUUUUUCAACGUUAGUUACAAUCAUCUCUGCGGAAAAAUCCCAAGUGGUGGUCUCCUUCAGACAUUUGAACCAUCUGCGUUCUCCCACAACCUCUGUCUUUGUGGGACCCCACUUAAGGCUUGUUGA